AUGACAGAGGCGGCCAAUCAGAGGGACGGGAAAGCUGACAGGUUCCGUGUCACAGCCACAUCCCGGGACACGGCUGUUGUCGGCAGACAUGGCUGUUUGUGUGUACAGAGCGAUACGGCACUGGAGACAUUCAGAAAUAUCUGCGGGGAUAAAGACGGCCACAUCUCCUGUCAGAGGGAGACUCGGGAUACCUACGGGUCCCUGCGGGACUGCCUGGUGUCUCUGUUCCUUCCACACGGAUUCCCAGACAGUGUGAGUGACGACUACGUGGCCUAUCAGCUGUGGGAUACUGUGCAGGCCUUUGCUAGCAGUGUGACUGGUUCGUUGGCUACUCAUUCCCUCCUGCGUGGAUCGGGUGUGGGGGACAGUUCAGCCACCGUCGCAGCUGCCACAGUCACGUGGAUCCUGAAAGACGGCACCGGGAUGGUGGGACGGAUUCUCUUCGCAUGGAUUAAAGGGAGUCAGCUGGACUGUGACGCCAAGAGAUGGAGGCUGUUUGCUGAUGUGUUGAAUGAUAUGGCAAUCUUCAUGGAGAUCGUAGCUCCUGUCUUCCCAUCAUGCUUCACUCUGAUGGUGUGCACUGCUGGGACUCUUCAAGUGCAUUGUGGGGGUUGCUGGGGGGCGACACGUGCCGCUCUUACAGUUCACCUCACCAAGCCAGAAGAGACAACAUGGCUGAUGUCUGUGCCAAGGACGGGAGCCAGGAAACGCUGGUGAAUCUCGCGGGGUUACUCAUCAGCCUUCUGGUUGUCCCUAUGGUGUCAGAAAAUCUGUG